UACGACGCCGUUGAUUGAACCCGUCAGUGAAUCAGCUGAUCGCCUCGCUUACGUGGGAGAAUCAGCUGUGCGCAACCAUGGACGAGCUGAUGAGCGAGGAUCUCGAGAUACCGCCCGUCAAAUACGAGUACCUGGAUCACACUGCGGACGUACAAUUGCACGCAUGGGGCGACACCCUGGACGAGGCUUUCGAGCAGUGCGCGAUGGCCAUGUUCGGCUACAUGACGGAGCUCGAGCGCGUGCAGAUCACGCAGGUGCACCACAUCGAGGCCGACGGUCAUGACAUGGAGAGCCUGCUCUUUCACUUUCUCGACGAGUUGCUCUUCAUGUUUAGCGCCGAGCCGUACAUAGUCGCCAAGAAAGUCAAGAUUACCGAAUUCGACCAGCAAGGAUUUAAGAUCAAGGCAACCGCGUACGGCGAGGAGUUCACGAUUGGCAAACACACGCAAGGCGCGGAGGUAAAAGCCAUCACGUACUCGGCGAUGCAGAUCAACGAUCGGCCGCAGGUGGAGCGGCCCGAAAUCUUCGUGAUCGUUGAUAUAUGAUUUGACUCCUCGUCCACCGGUCGCACUGCACACGCACCUCAACGGUAUUUUGUCGUAAUUUUUUGAUAAUAAAAAACGACAAAUAACAAUGAAUAACGCAGAAUUUGAUGCGUAAAAACUUCUUUAAAUUGUAUUCAAAACCAUGUCACAUAUAUCAUUGGAAAACUCCACUCGUAUAUUUUGGCCUUCUCAAUCUUUUUUCAGCGAUACAUAUUAAAUUUCAUUAACAAGUUUUUUAAGUUAUUUGUUUCACUUGUAACGUAUUAUGUUCCGUAUUGGGUAAGAAAGACUUUCAAUUUCAAGAUUGCAAGCAUGUACAUUCUAUACAAAACAAGUCAUGAUGUAACAUAAACAAAACGGCAGAUUAAACUUAAAAAACAUUCGAAAAAAAUUCUUGCGCAAUAAAAAAUCAUUACUAAUCACAAACUUGGUAUGUCAGUUGACAGGUUUGAAAAUGUUUGGUAACGCUCUAACACAACAGCGGGGGAAAAAUGGUGGGGAAAAAGGGGAUGACUCGGCUUGAACGGGGAGUUAGAGGGAAAAGUAGAGGGAGGCGGUCGAAGGGCAAGAAGGGAAACCGUAUGCCUCCCCUACGGUCUACAUAGGAUGCGAUCCUUUUGUACUUGCCUUGUAGGGUUCAAAUAAAUACGUUACGAAGAAUGCACCGGGCUCCCCUUCUUCUUGGCUCGACUUGACUCAGGUGUGUAUUAAGAUUAUCCAAACUCCCGAGAAGUGCGUGAAUAAAAAAGCAGGAGAUCUACUUAACGGUCGUUUGUAAUAAAAAACACGUGCGACAGUUUUUAUCGUUACAGAUUAUAUAUUUUUUUACUUGUUAUUAAGCAUUGCUAGUAUAUGAUCGAUACAACUGAAUCUUUGUACUCUAGAAUAGCUAUUUCCUUUAAACUAUGAUUCUCCUUUAACUUCAUUACACAUUUCUUUCGCAGUGAUCAUGAAAAAAAUGUAGAAGAUAUCAUACGUAAAUUGAUUGCGCGCAUAUUAAAAUAAAGUCCAUUUUAAAGUCUAACUAAUUUAAACUAGCAUUUUACGCGAUUUAUUAACGUUUAUAAUAUAUUUCUUUGAUUAAUACUUGCCGCGUAUACACAUAAUUAUAUGUUUUGUCUAUCAACGUUGAAAUAAAAAAAGUAAUUUUGAACAGAUCGUAGUUUUCUGUUAUAUAAUUUAAAUAUAAUUUAUUAUAGGAAGAUGUAGUACAAUACAUCGUGUGUAUUAACACCGUUCUUUUAAAUAUGCGAUAUUUACAUGUUUCUAUAAAAUAUAUAUAAAAUAUUGUAUAUUUUAUAAUAUUAUAUCUGAAUUAUCCAUAUUGCUGUGUAUAUUUGUGUAACAUAACAUAAUUGGAAAAAAAUUGUAUGUAAAUUAUUCUCAUCUCUUGAAAAAAUAAUCUUGUUUAAAAAAUA